AGUUGGAAGCAUUUACGCAUUCUUCUUAAUUUUUAGUAAAUCAUUGAAGAUAGGUAUGGACGACAUGGACGAUCUGCACCUAUCCCCACAUGAGGGUAUAUUAUCCGUGAUGAGUGAAACCAGUGAUAAGAUACUCGGUUCGGCCUCUCUCCAUAACACAGGUUCAAAAAACGAUAUUCAUGUGUCAGAUGGGACGAAGCCGAGCUCAACCGAUCAUCAUAAUGGCUCCGUUGUCACCAGAGUAUCGACGACAGAGGACGAGAAACCGUUGAAACAGAAGCGGCAUAGAACACGUUUUACCCCGGCGCAGUUGAACGAACUUGAACGAAAUUUCGCCAAAACGCAUUAUCCUGAUAUAUUUAUGCGUGAGGAGAUAGCGAUGCGAGUUGGGCUAACCGAGUCUAGGGUACAGGUAUGGUUUCAGAACAGACGUGCUAAAUGGAAGAAACGAAAGAAGACAACCAAUGUAUUCCGAACAGCUGGAGGUUUGAUGCCAUCGCAUGGACUGCCACAGUUCCCUUCACCGAUGUCAGAUUCAUUCUGCAACUUCCACUCGACGGACGCUCGAUGGCCGGUGAUGUCAUCAAUGACGUCGCAGAUGGGUAACACGCCACCUCUUGCCCUACCCCCUACUCUGCCUCGACAAACGUUAGGCCAGUCAUUAUCACAGCCCGGCUGCGCCCCACACUUAGGGCAAGGAUCACCCUUAUCUGGAUCGCUCUCCAUGGGAGGCAACAGUGCAAUGCAAUCGAUGUAUCAAACACCAUUCCCUGGGGUGUCGUCUGCCAGUUGUCUAUCAAAUUCCUCGCCCACAGGUACGAAUACGACCGUAUUUGCUGGCGACAUGUCGUGUGCAUCGCAAGAAGCUGAUAUGUGGCGUGGAACGAGUAUCGCGGCUCUUCGUAGAAAAGCACUAGAACAUCACGCUGCCUCUAUAAACGGAAUAUUUCGAUGAGCUAGAUGAAUCAGUCGAUUCAGCAGAAAAUACGUCAAAUAUUAGAUCCUCGUAAAAGCCGGAAACCUACAAGAACUCGAUACGAGAUCUACAUAUUCACAUCGCUUGCUUCUAGGCACACGUUUGUAUAUACUUCAGUCGUACUCCACAUGAGAUGUUAAACGGCAUAAAGUGGCCUUCGUGUAGACAUACUCUUAACUAGCAAUCGAAGGUGCACUUCAAUUACGAGUGCCUACUCGCAAGAGAAAACAUCAUCUCGUUAAGUACAACAUAUCUGUUGUCGUAAAUCAGUCCACCAUCUUACAGACAUAUUGUUAAGAAGUUAGACUAUAAAACAAACUUGCGUCCACAGAGAAAUACCCAUGAGCGCUCUUCAUAAUUAAUUGAGUUCAUAUUGAUCUUUCUGCAUCUGGAUAAGUCUAAGUUCUAUCGGAGAAUCCCAAUGGGGUAUUUAGGUACCGUAACUGUGUGCCAAUCAGCAUUCAAUAAUAAAACAACUUUCGUCUUAUCACCUCAAUCAAUUAAAGAUCCUGAGCUCUCAAGUGUAUGAUUGGAUGUAAUGCAAUGUCUAUUAUUUUACAUAUGAAUGCCCAUUGGAUAAGAUUGUGCUGUGUGCGCGCUUUUGACGUAAAGUCGACAAAACUUUUUAAUGUUUAACCCUAUCUCAAUUGGAGAUAGUAAACUGUUUAUCAUUAUUGCGGGUGAAUUUUCAUUUAUUUUUAAAUUGUUUUCUUUUUCAUGUUACAUGAAAAUAUGUAUAUAAUGUACUUGUGUAGAAACGUGUUAUAAUGUCGUUCAGUCAGAUAUUAAUGACGUAACUGAGCAUCAGAUCAAAUACUAAAUGCUAAAAAUAAAGUAAAUGAUUGUGUUGGUGCUUAAUAAACAAAUUCCAAUGAUCAACAUGACAUCAUUGACCUUAAGUCGACCCCUAUGUGUAGUCAUUAAUCAGACCCUAUGUAUAUCCAACAACCAGAUCACAGGUAAUUGCUUCUUGUUUGGUUAGAUGAGGGGUGAAGACAGGUUUCGAUAAAAAGUGUAAAUUGAAGUAAACGUUUCUUGUUUGAUUUUACUAAUAGGCCUAUUACUUACAUUCAAAGAUUUAUUUAAUUGAACGAAUAGACCUAAGUGAUAUGUUACCUAGCGCUAUAAUCCAGUUUAUUAGGCGUUCGAAAUAAAAACACAAACAGGCCUAAACGAACAAAUAAUUAAUUCGUCACUCUAAGCCAAACACCUUUGCCGCGAGCUGAAGAUAUGUGUAUGUUUACCCCAAACUGGCAAAUGUUGUGUGUCUCAGAGGCAGGCGCCUCCUAUCCUAAUGUAGCCUUUAACUGGUUAAAUUUAUAAGUGUCCUAAUAUAAAUUAAUGAACAAAUAUAUUAAUGAACAAAUAUAACACCAAAGAAGAAUUAGUAGUUGAGAUAGUUCGGACUCCUUGUUUAAUUACAUCAGUCCUCUUGCUGACCCUUUAUGCAGAUUAUAAAGAUAAAAAAUAAAUAUCAAACGAACAAAACUUCGAAUAUUGUAGUAAAAACAAAACGAUUAAAUAUACUCUAAAUGAUAUACAUUUUUGUAUUUCUAAAUUAAUUUCCUAUAGAGAUCAUGUUGGUGUAAAUGUAUUUUAUAAAACUAUUAGUAAAAAAUAAAAAUAUUUAAAAUUUCGUUUAAAUCAAAUUAAACUAUUAAUACUAUUUAACGUGCAAUUUUUAUUAAUAAAAAUUUGGAGAAAUGCAUAACAUCAGUUAUGAACAUUUUUGUUAUAAGCAACGAUGCUUAUGGUAUGCUUCUAAUUCAAAUUCAUUUUGAUUUGAUUUGUAACUUUUGUUACCGAGAUAAAGAGACUCAUGACCUUAGUAUCUAGUUUGAUUCUCUUGCCGCCGGGAAAAAUUGCAAUUUCAAAACAGUCUAAUUAUUUUGUGUAAAUUCAGGCACUUAUUGUAGUGAUGAAAAGGCUAUUAAAACGAUUAAAUAUUUGGGCAUGCAUUUUAAAUUUGUAAGUGUUCUAACGAAUGCAAAAGGCCUAAUGGCAGCUUCAGAGAGGCGUCAUUCCAUGACUGCUCCCUGGUCAUUCUAAUACUUCAUGUAUAAAGUUAGUUUAAAUGAAAGGCUGAUAUAAACCUUGAAGUGGUUGUUUACUUGUGUACUAUGGUCACGUGUCUAUUAGACAACUAGAUGGUCACAUGCUACCUCAACGGUAGUUUGUUGGUCCGGUGUUGACAUGAUGUUCAAAUUCUCUCAUGUUUUAAAUUUUGUGAUGUAUUGUAUACUAAGUGUAACGGUUGGUUAGGUUUGUAUUAAACAUUCACUCUCUUCAAGCCA